CACAACUUAAUACAAUAAAAGAUUUUUGUGAAUCAUGGAAACUACAGCAAGUGAUUUUGAAGUAAAGGUCCAGGAUAUUGCCCACCUCAUGAGGAUUGACUCUAUCAACAUGACUAAUGCAUCUGGGUCUGGUCAUCCAACCUCAUGCUCGUCGAUGGCUGAGCUACUUUCGACUAUCUUCUUCCAUCCAAAUGGAAUGAAGUUCAAUCCUGAGCAUCCAAGAGGAUUUGAGAACGAUAAGUUUGUCCUGUCUAAGGGUCAUGCUGCUCCUAUCCUCUACUCAGCUUGGAGUCAUGCUGGACAUAUCCCAAAGGAUGAAUUGCUGAAUCUUAGAAAGAUAGACAACGAUCUUGAAGGUCAUCCAACUCCAAGACUAGAUUUCAUUGAUGUAGCAACUGGAAGUCUCGGGCAAGGACUUAAUGCAGCUGUUGGAAUGGCCUACUCUAUGAAAUACUUUGAAAAAGUCUCAAAUAAAGUCUUCUGCUUACUUGGAGAUGGGGAGAUGGCUGAAGGAUCCAACUGGGAAGCCAUGAAUUUUGCAUCUUAUCACGAACUAGAUAACUUAAUCGCUAUUGUAGAUGUUAACAGGCUCGGACAAUCAGAUGAGACUUCUCUAGGACACUCAGUUGAAGUUUAUGAGCAAAGAUUCUCAGCUUUUGGGUUCCAUACUUUCCUCAUUGACGGUCAUAAUGUUGCAGAAAUCGUCGAAGCAUUGGAACAAAUGAAGCAAGUACAAAAACCAAUCGCUAUUUUGGCUAAGACUAUCAAAGGGAAGUACUUCCUUGAUAAAGCUGACCAACAGCCAUGGCAUGGAAAACCACUUAAAGAAGAAAGUAACCCAAUUGUGGAGAGUAUUGAGAAGAUGAUCCAUGAUAAGGAUGCUAAAUUAACUCCUAGUGUUCCUGAAUCAGAUGCCAUGGAGCCAGAGCAUGUUGAGCUCACUGUCCCAGAAUGCAAGUAUAAUGUUGGAGACAUGGUAGCCACAAGAAAAGCUUUUGGGGAGUGUCUUAAACUAUUAGGGGACCAGUCAAAUCUUGUUGUUGGAGUUGAUGCUGAUGUUAAAAACAGCACAAUGCUCCAAUACUUGAAAGAUUCCCAUCCAGAUCAAUUCAUAGAUUGCUUUAUUGCCGAGCAGAAUCUUGUUGGAGUUUCAGUAGGAGCAGGAGUAAGAGGAAGAAUUCCUUUCUGCUCAACAUUUGCUACAUUCUUCACUAGAGCAUUUGAUCACAUUAGAAUGGGAGCUAUCUCACAGUGUAACGUUAAAUUCGUUGGAUCUCAUUGCGGAGUAUCCAUUGGAGCAGAUGGACCCUCUCAAAUGGGGCUUGAAGAUAUCGCAAUGUUUAGAACAGUCCCUAACUGCAUAGUAUUUUAUCCAUCUGAAGCUGUAUCUACCUUCCAUGCUGCUACUCUUGCAGCAAACCAUAAAGGAAUGGUAUUCAUUAGAACAGGAAGACCUGACGCUAAAACUUUCUACAAAUCUGAUGAAGAAUUUAAGAUUGGUCAGAGUAAAGUAGCUAUCUCAAAUGAUUAUGACAAGAUUACAGUUGUAGGAGCUGGAAUAACCUUCACAUCAGCAACUGAAGCAGCAGAGAAGCUUAAGGAAGAAGGUACCAACAUUAGGGUUGUCGAUCUCUUCUGUGUAAAACCAAUUGACAAAGAGACUCUUGUAAAAUGUGCCCAAGAGACUAACAACACUAUCUUAGUUGUGGAAGAUCACUACCCAGAAGGAGGUAUCUUUGAGGCUGUUUGUUCAGCAGUUGCUUCUGAAGGAGUCAAGGUCCAUAAUCUCGCUAUCAAUGAUGUCCCAAGAAGUGGAAAACCAACAGAGCUACUAGCCAAAUACAAGAUUGACUGCGAUGCAGUUGUAGAAAAAGUAAAAGAGUUGAUUGCUUAG